AUAGUGUGACACAGCUCCAAUCCAAUACUACUAAAAGAAAAGUUCAACAAGCGAAAUUGUCAGUGCGAUUGCAACUCUAUAUAUUAUAAAAAUAAAAUUCACACUAAAAUUGAUUACGAAUGCAACUGUCCCUCCCUUGUUUCUCCACGCUUCGCUUCCUUCUUCCUUAUUCUUCAAAACUCUUUCCGCUUCGGCCUCUCUUACAUAUCGCCGCCAUGCCUCCUCACGGUCCUAAUUCUCAGGGUGGUCGUCGAGGCGGAGGUUUCUCCUCCGGUCGCGGUGGUGGUCGUCGUGGUGGUCGCGGCGGCGGUGGUGGUCGUGGCGGUGGCGGUGGUGGUGGCCGUGGAGAACAGCGAUGGUGGGAUCCCGUGUGGAGAGCUGAGCGUUUGCGCCAGCAACAAGUUGAGAUGGAAGUUUUUGAUGAGAAUGAAUGGUGGAACAAGAUUGAGCAAUGGAAAACAGGAGGAGAGCAAGAGAUGCUAAUCAAGCGUAAUUUUAGCAGGGGAGAUCAACAAACACUAUCUGAUAUGGCUUUUCAGCUUGGUCUUUACUUCCAUGCUUACAAUAAAGGGAAGGCUCUUGCAGUUAGCAAAGUUCCUUUACCAGAUUAUCGCGCAGAUCUUGAUGAUCGGCAUGGAUCCACUCAGAAAGAGAUUACAAUGUCCACAGAGACUGAGAGAAAACUUGGAAGUCUUUUGAAAACAACACAAGAAUCAGGGUCUUCAAGUUCCUCUACUUCAGCGUUUAAUGAUCGACAGGACCGUACAGGCACCGCAACUCUUGGCUUGAAAAGACCCGAUUCUGCUUCCAAAUUGUCGGAUUCUCUUGAGAAAGAAAAAUUCAGUGCUGCACUCAGGGAAAGGCAGGAAAGGCUAAAGGCAACCGAGAGUGUAAAAGCACUUCAAGAUUUCAGAGAAAAGUUACCUGCUUUUAAAAUGAAAGAGGGGUUUCUUAAAUCUGUUUCAGAAAAUCAGGUAUUAGUAGUUUCAGGAGAGACCGGGUGUGGUAAAACAACACAACUUCCUCAAUUUAUAUUGGAGGAAGAAAUAGCAUCCCUAAGAGGUGCUGAUUGUAACAUAAUUUGUACACAACCUCGACGUAUAUCUGCCAUAUCUGUUGCUUCACGUAUAUCUGCUGAAAGAGGUGAAUCCAUUGGUGAAUCUGUGGGUUAUCAGAUUCGUCUAGAAUCAAAGCGUUCUGAUCAAACGCGAUUGCUAUUUUGCACUACUGGUGUAUUACUCCGGCGGCUGAUUGAGGAUCCUAAUUUAACUAAUGUAAGCCAUUUGCUUGUGGAUGAGAUUCACGAGAGAGGCAUGAAUGAGGAUUUCUUAUUAAUCAUACUACGUGAUCUCCUUCCUCGACGCCCAGAUUUGCGUCUUAUUCUGAUGAGUGCUACGAUAAAUGCUGACAUGUUCUCAACAUAUUUCGGGAACGCUCCAACUAUACACAUCCCGGGGUUCACAUUCCCGGUUGCAGAGUUAUUCCUAGAAGAUGUACUGGAGAAAAGUCGUUAUAAUAUAAAGCCAUCUGAUGUAGGGAAUUAUCAAGGCAGUUCGAGAGGUAGGAGAAGAGACUCAGAAUCCAAGAAAGAUGACCUGACUACUUUGUUUGAGGAUAUUGACAUCAAUGUUCACUAUAAAAGUUAUAGCUCAGCCACAAGACUUUCUCUCGAAGCAUGGUCUGGUGCACAGAUUGAUUUGGAUCUGGUGGAGGCUACUAUUGAACAUAUUUGCCGUCAUGAAGGUGAUGGGGCAAUUCUUGUCUUCCUCACUGGCUGGGAUGAGAUUUCCAAACUGCUUGAAAAAUUCAACGGGAACAGACUGCUUGGAGAUUCUAGCAAGUUCUUAAUUCUUCCUCUACAUGGUUCAAUGCCGACAGUUAAUCAACGUGAAAUUUUUGACCGUCCACCUCCUAAUAAGCGGAAAAUAGUAUUGACUACAAAUAUUGCUGAGAGUAGUAUUACAAUUGACGAUGUUGUAUAUGUUGUUGAUUGCGGUAAAGCAAAGGAAACUAGCUAUGAUGCUUUGAACAAGGUGGCGUGUCUCUUGCCAUCAUGGAUUUCAAAGGCUUCAGCGCACCAGAGACGAGGACGUGCUGGACGUGUCCAAGCUGGAGUUUGUUAUAGGCUGUAUCCAAAAGUCAUAUAUGAUUCUUUCCCACAGUAUCAGUUACCAGAAAUCAUACGGACACCAUUGCAAGAGUUAUGCCUGCAUAUCAAAAGUUUGAAGGUUGGAUCCAUAGGAUCAUUCUUGGCCAAGGCACUGCAGCCACCAGAUGCACUUGCUGUUGAGAAUGCUAUUGAACUUCUCAAAACAAUUGGGGCUUUAGAUGACAUAGAAGAUCUUACACCCCUUGGUCGGCAUCUUUGCACUCUACCAGUAGACCCAAAUAUAGGAAAGAUGCUGCUGAUUGGAGCCAUCUUCCAGUGCGUCAAUCCUGCUUUAACAAUUGCCUCUGCUCUGGCUUAUCGUAGCCCAUUUGUCUUACCAUUGAAUAGGAAAGAGGAAGCUGAUGAGGCAAAAAGAUAUUUUGCUGGUGAUUCCUGCAGUGAUCACAUUGCUCUUCUUAAAGCAUAUGAGGGAUAUCGGGAUGCAAAGCGUGGUGGAAUCGAAAAAGAUUUUUGUUGGCAAAACUUUCUUUCCCCUGUAACUCUAAGGAUGAUGGAGGAUAUGAGAAACCAGUUUCUUGAUCUUUUAUCAGAUAUAGGUUUUGUUGACAAAUCAAGGCCAAAUGCGUACAACCAAUACAGCCAGGACAUGGAGAUGGUAAGCGCGGUUCUGUGUGCGGGGCUGUACCCAAAUGUUGUGCAAUGCAAAAGAAGAGGGAAGCGCACUGCAUUCUACACUAAAGAGUUGGGUAAAGUUGAUAUCCACCCAGGAUCUGUCAACGCAAGAGUGAAUCUCUUCUCGUUGCCGUACUUGGUCUACAGUGAAAAGGUGAAGACGACAAGUGUUUAUAUCCGAGACUCAACAAACAUAUCAGAUUAUGCACUCCUUAUGUUUGGGGGCAAUCUUAUCCCAAGCAAAACCGGGGAAGGCAUAGAGAUGUUGGGAGGGUAUCUCCAUUUCUCUGCCUCGAAGAACGUCUUGGAACUGAUACAGAAAUUGCGGGGAGAGGUGGACAAGCUUCUGAAUAAGAAGAUAGAGGAUCCGAGUUUGGACAUAACUGUGGAGGGAAAAGGAGUGGUUUCAGCUGUGGUGGAGUUGUUACGUAGCCGAAACAUCAGGUAUUAAGCAAAAUAUCAGUGAGUCUUAUCUUAGUGUAGGAAGGAUUAAAAACCUUAAUUAUUGAUAAACGAAGUCAAUAGUUGAACUCAAAGCUAAGCUUUAACUUUAAAAGAUAAAACAAGUUGUAGUUUAGAGCUGUUGAUUAGUGAGGAUUUACAAUAAAGAGUUGUGGUUAAAAGUUUUGCCUUAUUUGUUUUGGUUAGACCGAGUUUUGUAGUGAUCUCAUUUCCGAUUGCUGCAAUCUUUCUUUGUGGUUAUAAUGUUUUAAGUUGAAACGAAAAUAAACAUGUUAUUGCUUCCUGGCAA